AUGUUGGACCAACUGGUGCCGGGAAUCAUUUUUGCCAGCCUCAGCAGCAUUGGCAUCUGGCAUUCUAUCCCGUUGACUGGAGUCACCCCUUCCAACUCUUUCUUUUGGCGCAGUCUUAGCUCCCUGGAAAUAGCGUAUUCUAUUCACGGCUUGCGCCAAGUUCACCCCUUUGUUUUCCCCUAUGACGACACAAUCUCAGAAUACGACCUCCUUCUGCAACUUUCACUCGACGCUCAACACUACGAGAAUGCCAGGCUGGCCCUGGAAGACUCGGCUGAUGCAUUGUCGCUACACUAUAACACCCCAGGAGGCAUAACGUCAAUGUUAGUCCCGGGAGUCCUGGGUGCCACCCCGAUGCCAGCCUCGUUCUAUUUGAACAACGGCAGUUAUGAAGAACAGCAGCAGCUCAGCUCAGCCCAGAGUAAUACGCUGAAUUUCACUGUCAUGACUACUCUCAUUUUGGCGAUUCUCACAAUGCAGACAAUCGGCUUUUGGAUGACGAAUAGCAUCAAGCAGCACGUUGAAGAUCUACAUCUACAAUACGAUCACAUUGUCCGAACGAGCGACAUGCAAGCACAAUUCAGCAUCUUGAUGAUUGAAAUCCAAAAGUUUCGAAGAGAAAAUGAACAAGUACGGCCUGUUUUCGUUUACCUGGCCGAGGCCAUCACAAACUCCUCGGCUGACCUCCAACAUUGUUUGUUGCAUGUUGUUGGUAUGAUGGAAAACAAAUACACGUCUGGGAUGAUUGACAUCGAAUCCAAAUUGGACGAGGUCAGUAGUCAACACAAAAAUCUAAUGAGAAAUACUGAAAGUUUUCCUCAGAUUCCAAGACAGUUGGCCUGGCUUAACAUACUGAUGGCGAAGAACAUCUCCAACAGCCUACCUGAAGGAUUGGAUCAGCCCAAUUUGGAUUUCAGCAAGAGCCUUACCCCCGAGCAGAUGAAUAGAGCCUCCAACUACAACACCGCAGAGCAGCCCAACGGAAUUCCCAACUUCGAGGGAGGUCUGGGUCUUAAGAAUGAAAAGGGAGGCUCAUUUAAACCCAAUAGUCAGGAGUUGGGCUUGACUUAG